CCUUGUGCCAGCCUGCGGUCUAUUAGCAGAACGGAGGUCUAGAACAAGCGCGUCUUGUCGCCUUAAUCUGCUUGGUGUAUUGUCGUUAGAUGCAUAAACGAUCAUAUAUCACAAAAUGAACAUUCGAUGUGCAAAGACAGAAGACUUGAUGAACAUGCAGCAUUGCAACUUGCUAUGCUUGCCAGAAAACUACCAGAUGAAAUAUUAUUUUUACCACGGGCUUUCCUGGCCACAGCUGUCAUACGUUGCAGAAGACGAAAAGGGGAAAAUAGUUGGAUACGUUCUAGCAAAAAUGGAGGAAGAUUCUGAUGACGAUCCCCAUGGUCACAUUACUUCAUUGGCAGUAAAGCGAUCGCACAGGCGGUUGGGGUUGGCGCAAAAGCUGAUGGACCAGUCAUCGCAAGCCAUGGUGGAAUGUUUCAAGGCCAAAUAUGUGUCGUUACAUGUGCGGAAAAGUAAUCGGGCUGCCCUGCACCUCUACACCAACACAUUGGGAUUCACGAUCAGUGAAAUUGAGCCCAAAUACUACGCAGACGGGGAAGAUGCCUAUGCCAUGAAGAAAGACUUGCUCAGUCAGGUAAAUAACAAGACAACAGAAGUGGAAAGCAAGACUAGCAAGAAAGAACAGGAUGGCGAGAGGCACUGAUGCAUUUGGCCAAGAAUAAAACAUUUUCAUCAUA